UUGGUUGUUGCAACCACCCAGGCUCUCAAGCGGAAGAGGCAUACUCCUUAUGAUGACAUCUGCCUCCCUGUAGCCAUGGUGGAGGCGAUGGAUGACUCAAUCAUGAUUGCAGGUUCUUUCCCUGUUUUCCACCGUUCCACGAGAAUGCUGGAGACAGUCCAAAGUGCAUAUGGCGGUGAAACAAACUGGGACAAAUCUGCCGUGUUUCUGCGUAAUGUACCAAAUCCACCUACAGUCAUAUACCUCCCCUCUGUUGAGCCAGCUAACCCUUCUGUAGCGACCACACAUCCUGUCAAUGUAUAUUCCUCUCACAUAGAGCUUAUGCGGGUCUCAAUGAAUGACCCCAAACUACAAUUUCAAAAAUUGACAGAUCUUAUUUCAGGCUUUCAAUGGAAGCUCUUCAGUCAAUGCCGAUGUAACCGGCAUCCGGGUUACAUUCAAUUCCCUACUUUACACCUUCGUCUGCCGUUUACCGCCUUACGGCGCAUCCUAUCCCAAUGCCUCAUUGCAAGAAUUCGUCCAAGGCUUGCGUUUCACCCAAUUUCACGAGACGCGGCCCACCGCCUUGACUGCCUGAUUGCCCAGAAGGUUCACGACUAUCUUGGAUUCCCCUUCCAGUUUAACUCCGCCCUUCUCUCUCUUCCACUCUCAGACUUCGGUUUUGGAUUUCCUUCAAUAUCUCACCUGAAUGACACGGCAGCCAUUAACGGCCUUUUUCGGGACCUCAAUCAUCAUCUCUCCAUGUUCCGUAACAUGGCAUUAAUAACCCUUGCUGACUGGACCUGUGCCCUUAACGACUGUCAAUUUCCACUUCAUGGCAAGUCUUUAUCCUCACUCACCUCUCGUCGCCACCCUUGCCUCCCUUUCCCCUGGCUAGUUGCUCAAAGUGCCCUCUCACAUCUGAACAUAUCCAUCCGUGACACUGACUUAUCAUAUCUCUUCCAUGGCAACGUAUCGCUAGUACAUCUCAAUAAACUUCUCCCUCGCACUAAAACUGUCCCUCAUCACCAUCUGACUAAUCUGGCCAACGCCGGCAUCACAACACUUCGACAGCUCGCAUCAUUUCCUUCACCUUCAUCUCUCUCCAUCACCUCACCACCUUGUAAUCCCCUAAUACCUCUUCAAACUGUCUUAUACAAUCAUACAUUCAGUCGCGCUCAAGAAUUAUCCCAACAAACUACUGAAUGGCUCGCCUCAAUUACGUUGGAAGAUAUUAACUCCAGCGCAACUGGUUCUGAUCUGUCGAUGCUCGCACUGCCACGCUGCAUGAGAAAAGAAAUGGCAGAAGAAGUUCUCCGUGCGUGCUUGUAUACCUCCCCCCAUGAUUCAUUCGCUUCACCAUCUCUGCCCGGGUCCUGGGCCACAGAUGGCUCCAUGAUACCAGCGACACCAGGUUUCCGAGAGCCACGUUCAGUCACUUUCUCAGCCAUUUCCGGUCAGGGCAGUGUUGCCUUCUCCCUUGAUCUCUUCCGAACAUCAGCCAACAUUGGUCUUGGGGAAACGUAUGGACUUGUCGCCGCAAACAUCUAUGGUAGCGAUAGCCAUCUUCACUCACCACAGAACUCUCAUGACAUCUACACCGACCACCUCAAUAGUGAAAGAAUUAUUGCGUCCGCUCGGUGCCCGUCUUUUCAACACUAUCAAUGGUCUUCUUUACCCGGACGCUCCCUCUAUCGAUGGUUACUGUACAAUAUCACUCACCCUAUCAAUAACACCUCCGUACCCACAAUUAAAUAUACACCGGCUCACACCGACUCUACCACUCCUCCCUCCCUCCUAAACAACGCCGCUGAUCUCCUUGCAACGACAUCUCAAAACCUUACGUUACGACCUUUUCCUGCUCCUGUACCUACCUUCUUUAUGGAUCACUUCGUUAUAUACAGUGAAACCGACGGCUACAUCGAAUCCAAUGUCUCAAAAUAUCUGUCCAAUGUGCAUGCUUCCCUUACCGUAAUGCAGCCCGACUUCCGACCUGCCUCGACGAUGAUGAUGCCAUUAUAUCGACCAUGUGCCCCUCCUGAACACCCUUAUAUCCGCGCGUCCUCUGCGUUCUCCGCUGUCGUUCAGUUAUAUGCACGAUCAAGUCAGCUGGAUUGUCGUUACACCAGAUUUCUACGUUUCGGUGACAUCUCCCCUACGUGCACUUCUGGCUGUCCUGAAAUCGAGACCAUCCAUCAUAUUUUUGUUACAUGCCCCGAGUACGACGCCAUUCGUGAUGAAGUGGCUCAGCAGUUACACGCUGAGACUUCUAAACUUUUACAUGCGGCUGAUACUCCUUGUCGCAAUGCAUUCCUCUUCUCGAGUUGGCUCGAAACCUCUUCAAAGAUGGUCCUCACUGGCCACGUCACUCUGCACAGUUUUACCUGGGGCUUUUGCCACCCUUUCCCCACGAAAUCCUUGACGGGCCGUCCCCUAUGACACACUCCCGAACGCACAUCAGGAUUGCACACACCUGGCAUAUGGCUGGCAUCCGUCUGGCUGGUAGGAUAUGGGGUAUGUAUAAAAGGAACGCACGCUUUCAUGUUUCCUCCAAAAAGGACAGCAGAUCUCGCCCAAGUGUAGCCGUACCGGCCUUUCUUACUGAUAUCUUAUGCUUAUAACUUGAUACUUAUGCCUUUAUCUUUUCCUAGUUUACUUCUUCUUUUUGUGUUUUCCUUUUAUUUGUGUUCAGCAACGAGUCGACGGGGUCUCUGAUAGUAAUUUGCUAUUGUUUACCCGAGCUUGUAUAUAGCGGAGUCGACCAAUACAACAGUCUAACAGUCUUACAGUCUUACUGCCAGAACUAUAUUGGUGUGUACUAGUCUGGGCAUGUUUCAAAUCCUGAUAUCACCCAAUCGUCGUAUCUUGUAGGACAAUAUAUGAUCUUCCACUACGGAGGCCUUCCAAG